UAAAGCUUUUAAAGAAAUAAGUAUAUGGCCCAUUUGACAUGCAAAUGUCUAGGCAAAUAUUACUCUUGAUAAAGUGCCAUGGAAAUAGUAAUCCCUAUCAAUUUAAUCAUGUAAAGGAAACACACCAUUGCAAUGUCUGCAUAUUUCUUUCUUGCAAAAUAGAAUGAUAUAAGCUAAAUAAACGUAUUCAUAAAUAGAAAGUCUCCUAAUGUAACGCACCAGAGUAUGUGCAUUUGCAUUGGCUUUAAAAGUGCUAAAGCACCUGCUGCAGCAUCACAGACCGCUAUUAUCAUCAUCCGAAAGCGUGAACACAGUUUCAGAUCGCUACUUCCGAUGCUUGUGCCAGCUCAUGGGUGACUCGAGAAGAAACAGAUCCCUCCUUUGAUUGGCCACAAAAGCGCUACGUGGACAUCGAGCAGCAACAGGUAGAGCGCGUGACCGUUAUCAUGUCAUUCUGACUGCGGCUGCCAGGACGACAACAGCGCUUCACGUCAACGAAUUAUCGGCUCUUAUCGCGCAAACAUCAUCUCGAGUUUGGUGGAAAUUUAUUUUGAGGGCCUACACCAGGGUGUGGGGGAGUCAAGCAUGAAGUCCAAAGGAAAGGGGUCAAAGCGCUGCAGACAGUCUUGGGCAGAGCAGGAUGACCCAGACUUUACGCUGGAAACAGAGCCAGGUUCCAGCGAGCAGGAGGGUUCAGAGGCGUCCGUGAGGCUGGGUGGGACGUGGAGAACACUGAGGGGCGAGGGGCACGGUCGUACCCGCCGCAGGCGGCAGCACGCCAACGCUAAGGAACGCAACGUCCGCAGACUGGAGAGUAACGAGAGAGAGAGGCAGAGGAUGCACAAACUCAACAACGCCUUUCAGGCCCUACGGGAGACCAUUCCUCAUGUCAAAACUGACAAGAAACUUUCCAAGAUCGAGACUCUCACGCUGGCCAAGAAUUACAUCAAGGCCUUAACCACCAUAAUCUUGGGCAUGUCGAAUGCCUGCCUGCCUCACACCGAGAGUCACAUGGAGGCUAACGCCUCCCGGAUCCUCCAGUGCUAUCAGCAGCAUCUACAAGAGGAGGGAGAGGAAGACCUGUCCAAAUAUCUGAGCCAAAUUCACAGCUUCAGUCAGGGCAGCUAACACGCAAUGCCCCAGAACAGACUCAGUGAGCGAUAUAUAUAUAUAUACACGCUACAUGGAUGAUGACGAUGACGAAUACCAGCUCUUUAGACUCACGAAAAGGUCCAUUCGAGUUUACAAGCUAAAGCUGGUCCAUAAAUAGGCUCAUUUAUGUAUACAGUAUGCACAGAUUAUAACAACAUGUUGCCCACAAACAGUGUGGAUGUUAUUUGUCAUCAUCUAUCUUAAUUGUUAGCUAGUGACCCUUUGGAUUAUGAAGGGACAUAAUCUACUGGUUCACCCGAAAUGACACAAAAGAUGCCCAUUGAAAUUGAAUGGGGUCCAAAACAAGACAGGACCCCCUGAUUUUCAUUGCAUGGAUAAAUAUCUUCUUUUGUGUUCUGCAGAAAACAGCUUUGACAUAGAUGACAGAAUUUUCAUUUUUGGGUGAACUCUAUCCUUUUAACAGGGUAAGCUUUUCAUAGAAAAAAAAUGCAAAGCUGUGGAACAGAUUUCAUAUUUAUUGAGAGGACACGAACCAUGCACAUAUGACACUGAGAGGACUCCACUGUCCUUACCCUGUCUACAUUUAAUCAUUUAAAACUAUAUUAUCAUUUUCAGCUUUUUCCAGUAGUUUCUCUCAUGUCUGCAUACAAUUUCUUUAUAUGUACAGAAGCAACCUUAAAUAAUGCCCACAAUUGACGCAGUUUCACAUUAUUACUCAUAAAUAAUCCAAAUUUAUACAUAAAUAAAACCAACUCUUCAUCCUGAUAAAAACCAUUUGGAAAGAUUUAGUAUAAAUACUGUUACUUUCGGAAAUUUGUGCUGCCUUUAAACAGAAUUAUACUACAUACACGUCUAUGAGUGAAAUAUGCAGACAUCCUGAGAAAUAAAUGUUUCACAAUAUUGACUUCACAUUGCCAAGCCAAAACUAAAUACAGCAAAAGCGUCCAAAUUGCACUACCGUUCAAAACUUUUGGGGUCUGUAGAAUUUGUUUUCUAUUUUAAUAUAUUUUAAAAUGUAAUUUAUUCCUUUGAAGGUGAAGGUGAAGCGGCCAUUACUCCAGUCUUCAGUGUCGCAAGAUCUUUCAGAAAUUAUUCUAAUGUGCUGAUUUGGUGCUCAAGUGACAUUGUUUCAUAUUAUCAAUGUUGUGCUGCUUAAUAUUUUGUAGAAACCCUGAAACAAAUUUCUUUCAAGAUUCUUCGAUGAAUAGAAAUUAUUUGAAAUAGAAAAGUCUUUACUCUCUAUUUUGGCCAAUUUAAUGCAUCCUUGCUCGCUUAAUAAAAGCAUAUAUCUAUAU